AUGCACUACGUGAAGCUGAGAAACCAAACACAGCUUGCAGAAUUCUUUCUCCUGGGAUUCUCAGAAAACCCAACCCUACAUCCUCUCAUCUUUGGUCUGUUCCUCUCCAUGUACCUGAUCACUGUCAGUGGGAACCUGCUCAUCGUCCUGGCCAUACUCUCAGACUCUAACCUCCACAUGCCCAUGUACUUCUUCCUUGCCAACCUGUCCUUGGUGGACAUCUGCUUCACUACCACCACCAUCCCCAAGAUGCUGGUGAACAUCCAGACACACAGCAGAGCCAUCAGCUAUGCAGGCUGCAUCACACAGAUGUUCUUCUUUACAUUGUUUGUUGCAUUGGAUGACUUUCUCCUGGCCACGAUGGCCUAUGACCGAUUUGUGGCCAUCUGUCACCCCCUGCACUACAUGGUCAUCAUGAACCCCUGGCUCUGUGUGAAGCUGGUUUUGCUGUGCUGGAUCACUGGUGUCCUGUAUGCCUUGUUAAACAGCUUACUGGUGCUGAGGCUGAGCUUCUGCACACACCUGGAAAUCCAUCACUUUUUCUGUGAGUUGAAUCAGGUGAUCCACAGAGCCUGUUCUGACACCUUUCUCAAUGACCUUGUAAUUUACUUUGCAGCUGUGCUGCUGGCAGGAGGUCCCUUGGCUGGUAUUCUGUACUCUUACUCUAAGAUUGCCUUCUCCAUCCGUGCCAUUUCAUCAACCCAAGGGAAGUAUAAAGCCUUUUCCACCUGUGCCUCUCACCUCUUGACUGUCUCUCUAUUUUAUGGCACAAGCUUAGGUGUGUACCUCAGUGCCAGUGGUGCCCCAAGUUCAGCCUCAACUGCAGCAGCCUCAGUGAUGUACACUGUGGUCACCCCCAUGCUGAACCCCUUUAUCUACAGCCUGAGGAACACAGACAUGAAGAGGGCUCUGAAAAGACUGCUGUUCCCUAAAUGA